AUGGCGGAAGAAGUCUACGACGGUGCCAUUGGCAUUGAUCUGGGUACCACCUACUCUUGCGUGGCCACCUAUGAGGGCAGCAAUGUCGAGAUCAUCGCCAACGAGCAGGGUUCUUUCACCACCCCUUCCUUCGUGUCCUUCACGGCCGAGGAGCGGUUAAUUGGUGAGGCCGCCAAGAACCAGGCUGCCAUGAACCCCACAAACACCGUCUUCGACGUCAAGCGAUUGAUCGGUCGCCGCUACGAUGACCCCACCGUCAAGAAGGACCAGGAGUCUUGGCCCUUCAAGGUCGUCGACGACAACGGCAACCCAAAGGUCGAGGUUGAGUACCUCGGUGAGACCAAGCAGUUCUCCCCCCAGGAGAUCUCUGCCAUGGUUCUGGUCAAGAUGAAGGAGAUUGCUGAGGUCAAGCUCGGCAAGAAGGUCGAGAAGGCCGUUAUCACCGUCCCUGCCUACUUCAAUGACAACCAGCGUCAGGCCACCAAGGAUGCCGGUUCCAUCUCUGGUCUGAACGUCCUCCGUAUCAUCAACGAGCCUACCGCUGCUGCCAUUGCCUACGGUCUCGGUUCCAACAAGUCCAACAAGGAGCGCAAUGUCCUGAUCUACGAUCUUGGUGGUGGUACCUUUGAUGUGUCCCUCCUCAACAUCCAGGGAGGAGUUUUUACUGUCAAGGCUACUGCUGGAGACACCCAUUUGGGUGGUCAGGACUUCGACACCAACCUCCUUGAUCACUGCAAGAAGGAGUUCAACCGCAAGACUAAGAAGGACCUGUCCGGCGAUGCUCGUGCCCUCCGAAGGCUGCGGACUGCUUGCGAGCGUGCCAAGCGUACCCUGUCCAGCGGUGCCCAGGCUACCAUCGAGAUCGACUCUUUGUUCGAUGGUGAGGACUUCAACAUGCAGAUCACUCGUGCUCGUUUCGAGGACCUGAACGCCAAGGCUUUCGCCGGUACCCUCGAGCCUGUCGCCCAGGUUCUCAAGGACGCUGCUCUUGAGAAGAGCGCUGUCGAUGAGAUCGUCCUCGUCGGUGGUUCUACUCGUAUCCCCAAGGUUCAGAAGCUCCUCUCGGACUUCUUCGACGGCAAGAAGCUGGAGAAGUCUAUCAACCCCGAUGAGGCCGUCGCCUAUGGCGCCGCCGUUCAGGCUGGCAUUCUGUCUGGCAAGGCAACUUCCAGCGAUACCGAGGAUCUCCUCCUGCUCGACGUCGUUCCUCUGAGUCUCGGAGUCGCGAUGGAAGGCAACAUCUUUGCUCCCGUCGUUCCUCGCGGAAACACAGUCCCUACGAUCAAGAAACGUACCUUCACGACUGUAGCAGACAAUCAACAAACUGUGCAGUUCCCCGUUUUCCAGGGUGAACGUGUCAACUGCGAGGACAACACUUCUCUUGGAGAGUUCACUCUUGCUCCCAUCCCUCCCAUGAAGGCUGGCGAGCCUGUGCUCGAGGUCGUCUUCGAGGUUGACGUCAACGGUAUCCUGAAAGUCACAGCUACGGAGAAAACCUCUGGACGCAGCGCCAACAUUACGAUUUCCAACUCUGUCGGCAAGCUGUCCAGCUCCGAGAUUGAGAACAUGAUCAGCGAGGCCGAGAAGUUCAAGACCAACGACGAGGCAUUCAGCAAGCGCUUCGAGGCCAAGCAGCAGCUCGAGUCGUACAUCUCCCGCGUCGAGGAGAUCGUCUCGGACCCUACUCUGUCCCUCAAGCUGAAGCGUGGUCAGAAGGACAAGAUCGAGCAGACCCUCUCCGAGGCCAUGUCUCAGCUCGAGAUCGAGGAGUCCACCGCCGAGGACCUCAAGAAGAAGGAGCUGGCCCUGAAGAGACUCGUCACCAAGGCCAUGUCCUCCCGAUAA